UCACAAACAAGGCGCUUGGUGGUCUCUCUAAGCGCGCAUUUCCUACUCGCCGCUGACUCCCCCCCUUCUCUCUCGUCUCCAGGUCUCUUGUGUGUAGGGAGCUACGUGAUCUUUACGUCUCUGUCUAGCCGUUGGUGUUGGUAUCCUGGUAAGUCACUCCCGCCGGUCGUGUGUCGUAUUGCUAUCUGUGAAUACCCAACCCACCGAGAUUAUUCUGUUGAGUCUGCGUGUGUGCUUGUCGACGACUACUGUCCACCGACCACAAUGUCAGAUCAGACAGCGGAUGACGCUAACAAAGACAUCGGAGGCACCGAGGGCCCUGAAGCCAUGUAUGUCAAGCUCAUUCGCCAGCGACGGACACGAGUUUGUUCUGAAACGGGAGCACGCCCUCACUUCGGGGACCAUCAAGGCGAUGUUGAGUGGUCCAGGGCAGUUUGCCGAGAAUGAAACGAACGAAGUCAGAUUCAAAGAAAUACCAUCCCACGUCCUCUCGAAGGUGUGUCAGUAUUUCACCUACAAGGUACGCUAUACUAACAGUAGUACAGAGAUCCCGGAAUUCCCCAUCUCUCGGGAGAUUGCCCUCGAACUUCUGAUGGCGGCCAAUUUCCUGGACUGUUGAAUGAAAACCUGGAUGCAUACAAACUACUAAAUAUGGCAACACGCACACACUGUUUAUAUCAUCCAGUGUGUUUCUAAAAAUAGGGUAUUAUUGCAUUAAUUUCAUCUCCUGUUAAUUUAUGCACUAGUGUAUUUAUGAUUGAUACACUUUGGACCAUGCACUGCAGUCGUAUAUUAUGCGCGUUUUGUGACAC